CUCAGAAAUGCGGCCCAUGACGAACCCGCCCCUGCUCUCACCGUCCCCGUGCCCUCUCCUCCGCCGCCUCCUCCUCCACCUCUCGCGUGCCUCUCGCCGCCGGAACCCUACCGCCGGGCCGCCACCUCCUUGUACUUUCCGCCACCGCCUCCCGCGCCUCCUCACCGCUGCCAUGUCCUCCGACUCCGUCGUCGCCGACCCCACUACUCUUGCCCGCAAGGUCGCAGACAUCCGUGCCGCCGGACCCGCCAAGCUCCAGGUCAUCGCCGACUUCGAUGGCACGCUCACGCGAUACUGGUACGACGGCGCCCGCGGGCAGAGUAGCCAUGGGCUGCUCAGGCAAGGGAACGAGGAGUACGACGCCAAGAGGGAGGCGUUGUACCAGCACUACCACCCCAUCGAGAUUUGCCCCGAUAUUCCACUUCCGGAGAAGGCCAAGCUCAUGGAAGAAUGGUGGGAGAAGACUCAUGGUCUCCUUAUUGAAGGUGGUCUUACAUUAGAAGAUAUCACAAAAUCUGUCUCUGAUGCCGCAAUUGCUUUCAGAGAGGGUGUAGUGGAGCUCUUUGAGUACCUGGAGGAGAGAGAUAUCCCAGUGCUGGUAUUUUCUGCAGGACUUGCAGACAUAAUUGAAGAGGUCUUCCGGCAGAAACUACACAAAUCAUUCAAGAACAUCAAGAUUGUCUCCAACAGGAUGGUGUUUAACGAAGAAGGCCGUCUUGUAGCAUUUAAAGGGAAAACAAUUCACGUUCUAAACAAAAAUGAGCAUGCCUUGGACAUGGCUGCUCCAGUGCAUGGCAAUCUUGGGGAUCCAAAUGGAUUUAUUGAUGACUAUUCAUUGGUGAAGAAAAGGACCAAUGUGCUGCUACUUGGCGAUCACAUUGGGGACUUGGGGAUGUCUGAUGGUUUAAACUAUGAAAACAGGAUUGCUGUUGGAUUCCUGAAUGCCAACAUUGAGAAAUCUUUGAAGGAUUACUCUAGCUCAUUUGACAUUGUAUAUCUGAAUGAUGCGCCGAUGCAGGGAGUUGUGAAACUCGUGUCUGAAUUAUGUCCAUAAUCCAAUGAUCUUUCAUUGCCCUUGGAAAAGGAAAUCUUUCCCUGAAGUUUGCAGCUAUUGCAGUUCGCUCAACUGGAAAUCUAAGGAAUUCACUCUUGCUAACUAAGGCUUGCUUCAUAAGCAGCUGUUGUAUAGGUUCAUUUCAGGGCCAAAGAGCCCUUGGAACAAUGAUCAUUCUUGACUUGUAAGCUAAUCCAAUGAUCAUGUGCACUAUGAAAUUUCAGCUUCAUUCCUUGAGUCUUU